AUGCCUUCGGUCGCAAGCGCUGAUAUCCCUGAAAGCACGCGAGAUCCUGAUAGGACUCCCAGAGCGUCUGCCGCUACCCCGGCAACUUCGAAUGAUUCAGAGACAACUCCCACACUUCGAUCUGUCAGGGCGAAUUGGCAAACUCCAGGUGACUCUUACAAACUCGAGGCGGAUGAGGUUAGCUCUGCAGAGACUAUUAAAAGUGGCACAGGAACCGUUCAAGGCACCAAGUUUCACCACAGUCAGUCCGAUGCCGGUUUGGUCAGUUAUAUGUUAUUGGAAAGAUCAUGUAAUGGGACCAAAAAAGCAACAGCUGUCAAAACCAUCAGUCCGUAUUCUAUUAUUGGUAAAAAUACUAACCGGGAACAAUGGGUCGAUAUCACCUAUCGUGGCGAUGAUAAGCCGAUAGUUUCCAACAAUACCGCAGUUUGGAAAACAAGGGACCAAAUCAACACAACAUUCGCGGAGGAAACCGUGGACGAAAGAAACGCGAUCGAACGUGAUGUCAAAGAAGCGUUAGGCCUUGUCUAUGACAGCCGAAUUGGGCCUGACAUAGCAAAAGCUAAGGCUGGAGGCUUCAGAUAG